CCUAGAUUUAUAAGCCGAAUAGUUAGCGAAGUAUAAGCUUAGAUUUGCACUCUCCGUAGCAGCGUGAAUGUGACGUGAUUUCUUCGUUUGUUGGGCAAACAAAAAUUAUCAGCAGGCACAAAUUUAACGAAAACUCAAAAGUCGACAUUUUUGCUAACAAACCAAAAACUAAAGAAAAAUAAUCAAAAGCAAAUACACUUACGCACGUAAAGAUCGCACCAAAAAUAAGCAACAACCACUAGUAAAUACGAGCAAAGUAAAACAAUAAAUUAAAGAAUAUAAAUAAAAACGCCUAAAUACUAUCUUAACUGCAAGCACUUGAAACUUAAGCGCAAAGAACUUAAAUCCUAGCUAGGCAACUACAAAAUAAGCAACACAGAGCAAAUAAGCAAACUGCUAACAAGCAAUUUUGCGAUCAUUUCAAAUACAUUCAUACACACACACUCAGUUCCGUCUCAAUUAACAACUUAUCAACAAAAGCAGCAAUACUCAUCGCACCGAAGAAGAAGAAGAAGAAGUUGAAAAGUAAACAAGCAUCUCAUCUCAAGAACGUCAUUAUAAACAUCCACACCAGAACCAAAUCCACAACAGCAGCAGCAACCGCAACAGCCGCGCCAUUAUGAAUUCAAGCACAAAGCAUCUGCUGCAUUGCACACUCCUUCUCAUUGUGAUAAUAACAUUUGAAGUAUUCUCCGGCGGUAUUAAAAUUGACGAGAACUCAUUUACGCUCGUCGAUCCAUGGAUUGAGUACGGCCAAGUGGCCUCCGUACUUUUGUACUUACUACGUUUCCUCACUUUCCUAACGCUACCGCAGGUGUUAUUCAAUUUUUGCGGUCUCGUCUUCUACAAUGCCUUCCCCGAGAAGGUGGUGCUAAAGGGUAGCCCCAUUUUGGCGCCCUUCAUAUGCAUACGUGUGGUCACGCGCGGUGAUUUUGCCGAUUUGGUUAAGACGAAUGUGUUGCGCAACAUGAACACAUGUCUGGAUACGGGCCUGGAGAAUUUCCUCAUCGAAGUGGUCACCGAUAAGCCAGUUAAUUUAGCACAACAUCGACGUAUACGUGAGAUUGUUGUGCCGAAGGAGUAUAAAACACGUACUGGCGCACUAUUCAAGUCACGUGCAUUACAAUAUUGUCUGGAGGAUGAUGUGAAUGUGUUGAACGACAACGAUUGGAUUGUGCAUUUGGAUGAGGAAACUUUGUUGACCGAGAAUUCAGUUCGUGGUAUUAUCAAUUUCGUAUUGGACGGCAAGCAUCCGUUCGGACAGGGUCUCAUCACCUAUGCCAAUGAAAAUGUGGUCAACUGGCUGACCACAUUGGCGGAUAGUUUCCGCGUAUCAGACGAUAUGGGCAAGCUGCGAUUACAGUUUAAACUGUUUCACAGCCAUUGUUCAGCUGGAAGGGCAGCUAUGUUGUUACGCAGGUAAGAAAAUUAGAGAGUA